AUGGGGAGAACUCAACCUUCAAUUGGACAACCCCCAGCGGCGUUCCGCAAAGCCGCGCGCGCUAAGAGGGCUAAAGUCACUCUCAAUCAACUCAUACCAUCAUUGCUUCCCACGCACCCACGAGCUCGUCGCGGAAUCGACACUGCUGAGCUCAUCAUCGAACCAAGUCCCAUUCUGAAACAACCGUCAUCUUCAAAUCAGGCAGCUUGGGAUGCCUCCAACACAGACUCAGUGCCCCGUAUCCGACUUCAAGUGGCCGAUACUCUAACAGCUGCUCAUGCAUUAGUCGUUGAGAAGUCAACGCCAGACCGACCGGCGGACCUAAGCAACAAGGAAACGCGGGUUGCCAUCCUAAACAUGGCAUCUCCUCUUACGCCAGGCGGCGGCUUUGUAAACGGAGCAAGCAGCCAGGAAGAGUCCCUGUGCAUGCGCACAACGCUGCUUCCCUCUCUCAGGGACGAAUACUACCGCCUACCGGAGCUCGGAGCAAUAUACACACCCGACGUGAUGGUCUUCAGAGACGAGUAUUCUAGCAAUGUACUGGAAAAGAAAGAACGCUGGUUCGUUGACUGCAUCAGUGCUGCGAUGCUACGGAACCCCGAGACCGAACGGGACGAGAUAUCGGGAUUCAGCCACUACGUACAUGAAAAGGAUCGUCAGCUCGUUUUGGAGAAGAUGAAAAUGGUCUUACGGGUCUGUCAAAUGAAGGGCGUCAAAAAGGUCGUACUCGGAGCAUGGGGCUGUGGCGCGUACGGUAAUCCGGUAGCCGAGGUCGCUAAAGCUUGGAGGAAGGUUCUUAUCCCGAGAAACGACACGAAAGGAAAGAAAAAAGGAAACAAGGAGACUUGGGACGGGGUUGAAGACAUUUUGUUCGCCAUAAAAGACCCUGGUAUGGCAGAUGCUUUCGAAGAAGCUUUUGGCAAGGGCAUUGAGCGAGAUGAGCUGGACAAUGUUGAAGACACCGAAGACAGCGAGCCGGAUGUGGACGAGAGGAACAAGCUGGAGCUUCAGGCCAGCAUUGACGAGCUGCAGCACCGCAUUGAGGCGACAUCCAACCAGCCGCUUAAGAACAGUCUCAACUCGAUCCUUGCGGGCUUAGUUGGUCGGCUACCCUCAGCUGUUGCAGACGAUGACGGUGGAGCCGAGGAAGAUAGCGAUGAGUCAGAUGAUGAGGGCAAACACGAGAUUGGCGAUAUGUAA